GCGUCUUAGCCAAGUUCGCAACCACAGGACAGACCCAACCCCAACUGUCACUGUCAACGGGUGUCGUCAAGGCAACGGGCAUUACUUUGACAACGAAAACCUGAAACGAAAAUAGGGGAAGAAGUCCUGAGAGCUGGAAUUGGCACAAACAAUAAGUUUCAGGUGCAGUCAGUGGCGAAUGCUCACAACAAACAGUAGCAAAAAAACGAAAGUAAACCAAAAGUUACCUGAAAUCGAAAGUCUCUAUGGGCUACAAGAGCAACUAUCCGCAGAUGGUGAGGGAAGCGGGCUUCAAGCUGCGCCUCUAUCGCGAUGGGCCCUUGGACUGGCGUUUAAUGGGUUCCUAUGAGACGGAACGGAUACUGAGGGAGCAAAACUUCGAGCUGGUUGACAAGGCACUGCAGCACUUGGCGGAGGCGCCACUGGGCACUGUGCUGGAGACACACAUCCUGGACAGCGGCAUAGCCAAGUACUUUGUGAUGUCGCAGUAUGCCAUCCAGUAUCUCGUCUGUUGUCGGACCUACCUGGAUGAGUGUGCGACGGAUCUGCGCGAGGCACAUGAGAUCUCCCAGCAGGAAAUAGCCAAUCUGCGCAAAUCUCUGGCGGAGUCCAACAACGAGGUGAUGCAGCUGCACAAGCGAAUCACCGAAAUCGAGGCCAUACGCGAGGUGGUCUAUCCCUGUCACCUGUGCACCAAGAACUUCAUCAGCAACGACGCCCUCAACAUUCACAUUGGGCGCAAGCAUCGCGUGGGCACGCCCCCCAGCCUCGGUGCAGCUCAGAGCAACGCCAAUGCCAAUGCCAAGGACAAGGACAACGACAUGAACCUGAUCAAUACCAUCAAAAUGGAGCUGGAGAUCAAGCAGCUGAAGGAGCGUCUCAAUGCUGCCGAGCGGAACAUCAAGGAGCGCAGCAGUGGUUCCAAGCGGCCGAGUCCACGCAAGGAUCAGCGCAAUGUGGGCAUACAAAGCAAUCUGACCGAGGCCAAAGAGAAGGACGAGCAGAACAGCGUGGCGCUGGAGAGUGAGGCCAGCGAGCGCAAGGAGCAGCUGCAUGGCCUGGCGGAGCGUUUGAGCAACUUUGAGGUGUGGCAAACGCAGCUCAAGCAAAGCAACGAACAGUUCAUUCUGGAUAUCAAUCAGAAGCUGGAAGGUCUUAGCCAUGCCCUCGAGCAGUCAAAGAAGACCAGCAGCAGCAACAACACAGCGACGCCUCCUCUGGAGGGCCAUAUGGUCACGCCCUCACCUCGUCUGGAAGAUUUGGAACGCAUUCUCACCGAUAAGGUGACGGAGAUUGGCAAGAUCAGUGCCAAUAAGCUGGAGGAAGUGGUUACCCAUCUGGAGACCGGCUACAAUGAUAAGCUGCAGGCCCUGGAACGUGAGCUCAAGCAGCUGAGAGUGCGCAAGGAGGCCCCCAAGCCGCAGCCGGUGGCUACUGCUACUCUCCACUCUACAGGCACUUCGAAGAUACCCAAGCCUGUGAGCCGCAAGGAAGAAACGAGUGCGGAGCGCAUCCGAAAGCAAGUGGAAAGCGAAUUUCUUAAGAACAAAGCAGACGAUGACACUUACCCCAUUGAGGUGCAGGUGCCGGUGCCGCGUGAAAAGUCCCCGGCUCCGCCUCCAGUGGAAGUCCAAGUGCAAAUCAAUGAGCAUCCAAGUGGCAGCAGCUCGAGCAGCCAUCCAACGUACACGAAACCCGCCAACGAGCCGGCUGCCAGUAACCCAGAGGCGAGGGAAACCACAGACAUCGAUGAGAGCCUCAGCCAGGAGGAUGCACAGGUAGUGGACGUGGAUUCAGAGCAGACCCUUUCGGAUGACGGCAGUGAAACGUCGACUUCCGAUGCGGAGCCGUCGCGGCAGGUCCACAAGGCAGCAUCCAGUAGGCCUCUAGCGAGAGUGAAGAGUCCACUGAAACCGCUGACCCGCAAGGAUGCCCGCAAGCUGGUCAUCCGGAAGAUGAGCUCCCAUAGCUUCGACAUGAAGUCCAAGACUAUAUCCAACACGACCAUGAAGCGAAUCAAUGGCGAACUGACGGAACAGCGCAACAAACUGAAAUUGCAAUAUCCGCAGUUCUAUGCCACUCGCAAUCGCAUACGCAAGUUUGUGGAGAAGCUCUGCUCCGCACAGAUGCCGCAACGCGCCAAGGAGCUGCUGAAGCACACAACGCCAUUGCAGCCGAUUGAAGCGCCCAAACGUAGAUCAACCUUAAUGCAGGAUCAUGAUUCGGCAGACCACACCUCCCACGAUGAGGAUGACCGGUCGGAGAUGAGCGAGCAGUCCGAAUCACGUAGUUCCAGUCCACAGCGGAACGUCGAUGACGAUUUCAAAGCCCGUUUGGAGGAAAUUCUGGUGAAGCCCGCAGCCAUUGCUGCGCCCCGUAUGGCAGGCAAGUCUUCUUUGAGUGCCAGGCCAGUGCCUCUGCCGCGAAAACGAGUAAUGUUCAAUACGAUGGGGAAUGGCAAAGGCUUAAACGAUAGUGAAGACGAUUUAAAGUAAGCUUAAAUAAAUUUCAACAAGAAAACGAGCGCCAAGCGGUGCAACUUUUAUGAACAAUCUGGCAACAUCGCGAGCAGUGCUGAAAAACUUCAUAGCUUUACAACUUUUAUGAACGAUCUGGCAACCUUACGAGCAGAUUUUUCUUCUUCUUCCUAUUUGUGGAAAAUUUUUAUUCUUCUUCCUAUUUGUGGAAAAUGUAUCUUC